CUCCGGAACCAUGGAGCUGCAGCUCCUCGGGGCGAGGGGACUGGAGUAGAUGUGACACACUGAGCGAAUACAAACCAAACCAUGUGAAAAUAAGGUCUCUUCGACCACGGUCUGAGGAAGUAAACCAAGAUGGCCAAACACCGGGUUCCGCUCGUCUUGUUAGCCUGCGGCUCUUUUAAUCCGAUCACCAACCAGCACUUGAGGCUGUUUGAGCUGGCCAGAGACCACAUGCACAGCACAGGCCAGUACCAGGUGGUGGGAGGUAUUGUGUCGCCCGUGAGUGACGGCUAUGGAAAACAAGGUCUGGUGCUGGCUGAGCAUCGCAUCGCUAUGGCGAGGCUGGCACUGCAGAGCUCCAGCUGGGUCAGCGUUGAUGAAUGGGAGAGCCAGCAGCCAGACUGGACGGAGACAGUGGUCACCAUGAGAUAUCACUAUGGGCGCAUUCUGAAAGAGUUUGAGCGGAGCGUGGGAACACACGCUGACUCCAGAGGAAAUGGUACCCCACUCUCAGGUCGGGCUCCUCGGCUGAAGCUUCUGUGCGGAGCUGACUUCCUGGACUCCUUCAAGGUCCCGGGUCUGUGGCGGGACGACCAUGUGGAGGAGCUGGUGGGGGAUUUUGGCCUCGUGUGCGUCAGCAGAGGGGAGCUGCAGCCCGAGCGGGCGGUGCACGAGUCGGACUUGCUGUCCCUCCACAGACGGAACGUUUUCCUGGUGAGGGAGUGGGUGAGGAACGAGACGAGCGCCACAGAGGUCCGCCGGGCGCUGAGACGGGGCCUGAGCGUGAAAUACCUGAUCCCAGACCCGGUGAUAGAAUACAUCCGCCGGCAUGACCUUUACACAGAGAGCAGCGAGAGGAAAAACGAGGGCACGGUGCUGAGACCGCUCGUCAAACAGGCGCAGCAGCCAGUGAAGAGUCUGGACGACUACACCAUGCCUGCCGAUCUGAACGGAUACUGGAAGAUGAUUUCCAACGACAACUUUGAAGAGUACCUCAAGGCUCUGGAUGUGAACGUUGCCAUCAGGAAAAUCGCCACCUUGCUGAAGCCCGACAAGGACAUCGUCCACGACGGGGACCACAUAAUCAUCAAGACCCUCAGUACCUUCAAAAACUACAACAUGGACUUUUACGUGGGCAAAGAGUUUGAGGAGGAUCUGUCUGGAGUGGAUGACAGGAAAUGCAUGACCACCAUCACCUGGGAUGGAGACAAGCUGGUGUGUGUGCAGAAGGGGGAGAUUGAAGGAAGAGGCUGGACCCACUGGGUGGAUGGAGAUGAGCUUCAUCUGGAGGACAUCCUGCCCCUUCCCCCUUCCUGCACUGUCCAAAGUCUGCUCACCAUCACGUCACCAGCUGCCACCAUGCCUGCAGACCUCAGUGGAAAAUGGAUUCUUGAAACCAAUGACAAAUUUGAGGAGUACUUGAAGGCAUUGGAUGUUGACUUCGCAACGAGGAAAAUCGCUAUCUCCCUGUCUCAGACCAAAGUGGUGAAACAAGAUGGAGACAAAUUUGAGUUUAAGACACUCAGCACCUUCAGGAAUUAUGAGCUGAGCUUCACUGUCGGAGUGGAGUUUGAUGAACACACCAAGGGGCUCGACAACAGGAACAUCAAGAGUCUGGUGACGUGGGAGGGAGACAAGCUGGUGUGCACUCAGAAAGGGGAGAAGGCCAACCGCGCCUGGAAACACUGGAUAGAAGGAGGCAAACUCUACCUGGAGCUGACGUGUGAGGAUGUAGUUUGUAUUCAGGUGUUCAAGAGGAAGGAGUAGCAUCCAUUUUUGAUU